UUACAGGCUUACUGCUCGCAUCUUCAUGAGUAAUAUCAAGAAAAUAUAUGAGGAAAAGCAAGAAAAAGAAAGCAGUAACAAAACUACGAAAAGCAAUGAAGAAACUGAAAGUCGACAACAAAAAAAUGCUGCGAAAAAAGCUCGACAGUUCAAUUUCGAAACGGUCUUCAUGGAAGCCAGGCAAGGCGCUCUCACACGAACAACUGCAACGUCUGAUAAGGAAAGCGCCAAAGGUACGACCGACGAUGACAAAUGUUCUUGUGGAGAACAGUUCGAAUCCAGCAGAGAACCUCACCAUGCUUUCGACGAAUCUGUUGGAUGUUCAUUGUCAGUAGAACUAGCUAAAACAUCAGUUGAAGAUUCAGAAAAUGAUGAUGGUUUUGGAGAAUUUUCGGUUCCUUUACCUGAAGGAUUUGUGCCAGAUAAAGCAAUGUUCGAGACAAAAAAUCCCAAAGAUGAUGAUGAUGAUGGUGAUGGUGAUGAUGAAUCCGAUGAUUUGGAUGAUAGAAUUCCUGUCGUUGAUUUAAUACCUGCUGCUUCGGAAGCACAGUUGCGUCAUGGGAAGAAACCGAUAUCGGCACUGGCGUUUGAUCAUCAAGGUACGAAAUUUGCUAGUGGUGGAUAUGAUUACGUUGUGAAUUUAUUUGAAUUUCAGAAAAUGGAUUUAAGUUUGCGAUCUUCACGUGAGCUAAUGCCUUGUGAAAGUCAUAUCAUCAAUGGAUUAGCGUUUAGUUCAAACGGUGAAAAAUUGCUAGUUGCUAGCGGUCAUGCACAAAUUCGUAUUAUAGAUCGGCAGGGUAAACAAUGGGCAGAAACUGUUCGUGGUGAUCAGUAUUUGGUUGAUUUAUCCAAUACCAAAGGGCACACAGGAUCUGUCAAUACUUGCUGUUGGCACCCAAUUGCGAAAACAGAAUUCUUAUCUUGCGGUAAUGAUGGAACUUUGAGGAUUUGGUCUAUAGAUGAUUAUAAAGAAAUUACACACUGUAUCAAUAAGCAGCGUAAAGUAAUCAAGACAAAAAAUGCUGCUGGCAAAAGAGCUAUACCGACGACAUGCUGCUACUCUCGAGAUGGAAAAUAUAUUGCGGCUGGAUGUGAUGAUGGUUCUAUACAAAUAUGGAAACAUGGAAAUCUUUAUGUUAAUACCACUUAUUUGAAUAGAACUGCUCAUACUGCACCGCUUACUUCGCUGCAAUUCUCACCAAACAGUAGACAAAUCCUCUCAAGAUCACUUGAUGGCACGUUAAAAUUAUGGCAACUUGAAACAUUUAAUAAACCUUGUCAUGUUGUGGAAAAUUUGAAAAAUGAAUUUAUAAGCACUGACUGUGGUUUUGCUCCUCACGGUGAAAUGGUUUAUACUGGUACAUCUUUUGAUGAUGAAAACGGGUCCGACGGAAUGCUCGUUUUUUUUGAUUCGAAAUCCUUCGAUCUUGUUUAUCAAAUCACGUAUCCAAAAUUAAGUUGUAUUAAGAUCUCUUGGCAGCCCAAAAUCAACCAAAUUCUUGUUGGUUUAAGCGAUGGAUCAUUACGAUUAUAUUAUGAUCCUAUAAAUAGUUUGAGAGGUGCCCUACUUUGCGUCUCGCGACCACUGAGAAGGGCUCGUCAGCAGGAAGUAAUUCGCGAAGAAUUAGUGCUUUCACCACUAACCUUGGAAAUGUUUCAACCGAGAGGUGAGGAAGGUGAGGAGAAAGAAGUUACAACUUGGCGACUAAAGAAAUAUUUGCGUAUGAUGGACAACAAGUUACGUCCUGACUUCCGAAAGCCUGCUGACAUGCCUAUGAGUGGGCCGAGUUCGGGUGGUCGAGUAGCUGCUUCAGGUGGAACACUGCAUUCGUAUAUCGCUAAACAAGUAGGUACAAAAAGGAAUCGUGAUUUCCUUGCGGAUACUGACGUGCGUGCUUCUAUUUUACGUCAUGCUGAAGAGGCGGAGAAAAACCCAUACUAUGUCACGAAGGCAUACCUCAAAAAUCAACCAAUUCCAAUUUUUCAAGAAAAGACGACUGCACCAGAAGAGGAAGAAGCUGAUAAAGAACUAGAACCGUUGUAUAAGAUUUCAAAAAAGUAACUCGAAAUUGCGUGUAUUUUUAUUAGAUUCAAUAAAAG